GAGCGACUCAGAACAUAUAAAUUCCCCCUUCUCUCCCUAUCACUCGAGAAGAAAUCACAUCCUUCUAACCAGCAUCUUCUCAUCAUCACAUUGACAAGAAGCCUCUCAAAAAACAUCUCAUACCAAAUCAUUGAAAUCAUUUCAUCAAAAUGAAGACCACCUUUAUCACUGCGGCCUGCUCUACCUUUGCUGCUCUGGCCAGCGCUGCUCCCACCGAUAACUCAGCCUUCGAAGUCGCCAUCACCUUCUGGGGUGCCGACGGUUCCUCAUUCUCUCAAAACUUCCCAGCUGACGACAGCACCCAUGCAAUCACCAACCAACUGUCAAUUACCAAGAUUUCCUCAGUCGGAGGCGGAUUCUGCACUUUCCAGGGAAUUGAUGGCAGCAGCACUGUGGUAGUUGGUGAGGUGACUGUUCCUGUCAGUCCCCCACAGACACAGGUGUCUGGAACCUGCGACAUUCUGUAAAUGCUGAGGAAGGAUUCCCUAUCGCGACACGGAAAUGCUUACGACGAUGACGUGUGCCUGUCGGUCUGGGGUCUGUUACGACCAGAGGACACGAAUGAAUCAAUGACUCUAUGUGAUUAGCUCGACAUUAUAUGUUGGUUCUGCAUUGGCUUGAAGUUUUGUUCGUAUUGGAUGUGACUAGCAAUGCAAUUGACGACCUG